GUUUUAAUCAGGACAUAACAAAAAUUUUAUUUGAUGUGGAAAUAACAAAUGGAAGAAUUGUUAUGUCUCCACAAGUAUCUCAAACAUUAGGGACUUUUCUUACUGAAUACAGUAAAGACUUUUUCCAGGUUAAUAGUUUUAGCGUGGAUGGGAAUUUUCAAUAUUACAGCUUUAUUCAUCCAAAUCAUGUAGAAUCGUUGUCUAUGACUAUAAAGGGAAAGGAGGCUAAUUUAAAAUUAUUUGGUUUUGUCAUUCGUUAUUUCAUAAUCUUGCAAAUGAAUUAUGCAGGAAACUACAUAAAUUUUUGCGAAUUGAAGGAAUAUGUUACUUUACAUGAUCCAAAAAAUGCGACUGGUACAAUAAAACGUCCAGCACAAUGCAUAAAGCCUCCUGCGGAUCCUUAUGAAAUUUAUUUAACGUUUAUCAUUGAAGAUGGUACUUUGGUGCUUCCUGAAAAUUUGUAUAAUGCUGAUGAGCAGUCUUCAAGAAUUCAUUUUCAUGAAUUGCAGUUGGAAUUAAGAAAUUUAGAUGUAUAUAUGGACUUUAAUGUAUACGCACAUCGUUUGUUCGGCCCUUUACCCAAAACUGCAACCUACGUUUGUAACUGGGAAAUAAACAUUGGAACAAUAUCUGGACAAUUAAAACCAUCAUUUUUACUGAGUAUUAAUUCUUUUGGAAAGGCGUUUUCAUACCAUCAUGUGGAUGAUGAAAACGCCUUGCCUCCGGAUUUUAUGAAUCCUCUUGAUGCAGAUGUGACAUUUUUAAAUUUAAAUAUUAAAGAGAUUGAUAUAUCUGUUUGGGGUGGAGAUAGUGUUUCCCAGAUUCUUCUUAAAGAAGGAUUAUGUGUCAAAUUUGAUGACCUUGCCAAUGAAAAGUUUACUCAAAGAGUAUUAAUUGACCUACCUGAUUUAGUAGUUAGAAGUUUAGCGAUGUCUGCCUCUGAUUUAAACAGUAUAUAUCACGUUAAGGAUGCUGAAAGUCAUCCUUUCGUGGAGGUCGCAAGUUUUGAAUGUGCGUUUAGUAUAUCUCUAUAUCGUACAAUGUUAGAUUGGCGACGGAGAUUAGCAAGUCAACAGGCACAUAUAAAAGAACAGGAUAAGGAAACUUUGAGAGUUCCAUUUCUUUAUGGAUACGAAAAUGACGACCAAAGUUCAUUAGAAUCUAAUAGCUACCAUUUUGGAUCCCUUUAUGUUCCACCAAUGCCAAUGCCGUUGCAUGAUGAUGCAGAUACUUAUUCUGUAUUAAAACAUGAAAGUGCCAAUUCUUCAAUGGUUGACCUUUCUGCAGUUCAAAAUCGAAAAAAUAUUAAGAAUAUGUUAAUAUUUGACCACCAUGGUGAUGACGACGAAUACGAUAUGUGGUUACGAACGGAUGAUGACAGCGUAUCUAUAAUUACUGGGUCAGGAGUUAGUGUAUCAAACACAUCGUUUGUUACUGCGUCAGAUGGCGACGAAAAUGAAAGUCUUAAUGAUAGCGAUAGCGAUAACACAACCAUUGGUCAUAAUACACCAGUCAUUAUUGAUGGAGAUUCAGAUAGUGACUAUUAUGUGAACAAAACAGAACUGUCUCCCGACGAAAACCGGUAUUCGAUGUCCCCACCUGUUGCCAAAUCUAUUCCAUAUGGAAGUUAUUUAAGACGAUAUAAACAGUCUCCAUUUAAGUCUUCCGCUACUCCAUUUAAUAGUUCAUUUCUUCAACCACCUCGUGUGUCAUUCACACCUGCAAGAGAUGAGGGGUUACUAUCUCCUGAUGAAAAAACUCCAAGUCACAAAUCAUCGCCCUUUUCAAAAUUAAUGAACGAAAGCACUAUUACAUCAUCUGAUGAUAUAGUUCCAGAUCAGUUACAAACUACUCAAGAUGAAGCUGAAGAAAAAACGACAAUUAUCUUUGAGGCCACUAAAACUGUAAAAGUGUUAUUAACUCCAAUUUUCUUGAAAAUUGUAGAAGAAUUUCUGGAAGCAAUUAAAAAAGAGGUUUGGAAUAUGGAUGCGAUGUUUGAUAAAAUGCAAAUGGAUUAUGUAGGAGAGCUCACAAAAUCAUUUCCCUUCAAAUUUUCGACCACAAGUCUUGGUUUAUCUGUUCAUAAAGUUCAUUUACACUUUAUACAAGAUGUAAUGCUUCCAGAUGAUUUAACAAAUGUAAAUGAUGAAUAUCCUAGUGUUAGAGCAAGAUAUGAUUUAACUAACACUACGUUAUGCGCUGCUGCAGACCUUGUUAUAGAUAAGAUUUUAAUGAACGGCCUUAUAAAAUUUCAAAAUAAAAAUUUUGAUAGUAAAGAAAAAUUAAAAAGUUUUGAACGACCUUUAAAACUUGUCGAAUCUGGUGCUGAUUUAGAUGUUAAUUCAUUAAGAUUAAAUGUACGUUUUGUUACUGGGUCAAAUUCCAUUGGUAUUUUUGGAAUUCCAGAGAAUAUACAUCAAUUUAAAGAACCUGGAUUUCUUUCAUCUGAACAGUUAAAUAAUGGUCCUGUUGUCUUAAAUAUUUCGUUAGAAAAACUUAAAUUAAAAUGGAACGGUUGUAUGAAAUCCAAUAAUUUUUCGAUUGAUUUGGAAAAUAUUUUUAGUUGUUUUAUUAAUCAAUCGCCUGAAAUUUUAACUGGAGCUAUAUACUGGUGGCUUGUAUUUGCUGAGGAUCUUUCAAGUUUAUUGAAAAAAUUUGAGUCACAUCGAAUUCGGCAAGUGCAAUUAUUAGUUCAUGAAGUUGCAAAAUACUCUAAAGAAGUAACUAGUGAUCCACAAUACUUAGCAACACCUUCUCACGUGCUUCGAUUAAGCGCGAAAAAUUUAAAAAAUGAUGAUGGAUGGAAAAUACUUGGUCGUCUCAGAUAUGUUAAGAAGCAAAUGAAUUUAGAUCAACUUGAAAAAUUGCAAGGAAUUUUGAAUUCUUCUGAUUAUCCAUCUGUGAAUCAAAAUGAUAUGUAUGACCAAGUGGUACAUGUUUUCUCACUGUGGAGGCAUUGGGAAAUGGAUAAUGUGUCAACUUGUCGACUUUUUACAGAUCUUUUUCAGCAACCAACAAAAGAUCCAAAUUCAUUGAAUGACUCUGUUGAAAUUAUUCUCCAAUUAGUAAAGGCAUCAUCUAAUCGCUUCAAAUUAAGAGUUGGAAAUGUUGCAGUAUCAGUAUGGGAAUCACAACGCGAAAAUUCUAUAGUAUUAGGACCCAUAGUGCUUGAUUGUGAGACCACAUACCGCGAAGAUAGUUUAUCAUCUUUCGUAAGCACAGAACCUGGAUCAUUUAGUACAACUUCAGGGCAAUCACAAGUUUUAAAUCCAAUAUUGGCUGGAGAUUUGAAUAUUAUUCUUCGAUUUGGCGUGGAACAGAUUGGUAUAGAUGUGAAUCCGGAUAUGCUAGCUUUUGCAAAACAUUGGCUUAAGGUGCAUCGAACCUUCAGAUCCAAAUUUGAAUCAUUGUCAAGUAAGGAACAACCAUCAACUUCGAUUGAAGUUAUCGCUUCUUCGUCAAAUGUACAUAAGCAUAAGCAAACUGGAUCAGUUGCUAGUAUGAACGAAAUAAAGCAUGUCAAGUUUAACGAUGUGAAACCAAAAGAUACACAAAUUAAAGAUUUAUUAUUAUCGCGACUAAAUAUCUAUAUUCAAGGGAUAAUGAUCAUUAAGAAAAUUUCAAUAACAGCUUCUGCCCAAAAAUUAAUCGCACGUACCCAAUUAAGUAAUAUUAGUAUUUCAGUUUGGUUACAUAAUCCAAAAGCUUUGAGUCCUUCUGAAAAGUUAGAACUGGAAAGUGUGUCAGUUAACAAAAGCACCGCACAUGCAGGAUCAAAAGCAAGUGGCAGUAGAGGUUCAAAAAGUUUGAUAUUUUCAGUUGUUGGAGGAAUCAAAAAUAUUUCAAUCAAUAUUAUAGAAAAGGCAUCCACUUCUUUUAGUCAAAACACUUUAUUAUCUAUUGAAUUUACACGUGUAGAUUCUAGUAUAGCUCUCAGUUCCCCAACUCUUAGUCGUCCGAAGAGCAAAAUAGAUGCAGAAUUACUUAAAGUACUAAACAUUUUUUUGACGCUUCAAUCAAUUUCCAUCAAAUUACCACAAAGUCUUCUCAAACUUUAUCACUUUGUUGAAGAAUGGCGAGAGGAAAAUUUACCUAGUUAUGACUUUUUAUAUAAAAACUUAAAAGAUGAACUUGAAGAACAACGAAAAAUACUUAGACCUCCAACACCACAUAAUAUUCGUUUUACUGAAAAAAAUGAGAAAAAAAAUAUUUUUGAUAUUAAAUUUCAAUUUUUGUUGAAAAAAGUUGUUUUACAAACUCAUUUACUUCCAUCUUUGCGUUUUCAUUAUGAUGCGUGGGAUUUUCUCAUGAUUUUGGAACAGAAAAAUUCCCCAUUUGGUGGAAAUUUGAUAAAAUAUCUUGGUCAAUUGGCAAAACAAGAGAUUCACUUUGUGACUCGUCAAAAAAAUCAGAAUAAAUCAAGUCAAGAUGAAAAGCCCAUUCUGGAGGAACAAGAUGAUCAAUUACAAAAAGGUAUAUUUACUAUACCAGCUAUAAGAGCAACUGGAAAAAUAAAACCGUUUGAACCUAAUAAAACCACUAGCAUAAUCAUCAAAAAGAACACUAGUCCUGUUGGAUCCGCUUCUAAUAUCUCGUUGGGGUCCACAUCGAGUAUUAUUCCAAAACAUUUAAAGUUGGAGUCAACAGUUACUUUAGAUUUUGUGCAAUUGAGUUUAAACGUGAAUAUAAUUGACAAUUUAUUAACAGCACAAUCACUCCUUGGAAAUGAGUUUAAUGAUAUUUUAGAUGUCUUUGUUUUUUCGUCAAAAAAACUAAAGGCACGUGAGGUUGCCUCCAAAGACAAGGGUUCCUCUUCAGUACAAAUGGAUCCACAUAAACAAGACAAAUUAUACUAUAAUCUCAAAAUAUCCCUUCGAGGCUUAAGAAUAUCAGCUGAGAGUCCUACCGCAGUUGGAUUAUUUGAAACAAACAUUCUAAAUGGACAUAUUACUAACAUACCUAUGCCCGAAGAUACCAAAUCAACCAAGAUUGAAUGGUUUUUCUCAGCGCAAAAAUUCUCGCUUUCGCUUAAUCAUAAUACUAGAAUUGGAGGACAGUCAACUACAAAUGAUGAUAUUAGGAAACAUCGGAUAGCAUAUAUUAUAAUUGAUUUAACAUUGCAAAAUUCUAAGAAUAAACAGUUAUUGCAAAAUCCAACAUUAAAAGACUCUAUGGAUAUUACAGAAUCAUACUUUCUAAAAUUAACUAAAGCAUAUGCUGUAAUGCAGCCUGUUGCAUUGGGUCGUCUUAUGGACGUAUAUGCGUAUUACAGUGGAGAAUUAGAACGUAGAAAAGAACUGAAAUCAUCAGAAAUGAAUAAACUGGCUGAAAGUACACGAAAAUUGUGGAAGUCACUUAAUAUAGAAAUGCCAAAAUAUAAAUCAAAGAGUAAAACUUUAUUAGAUGAGAAAGUGUUAUCGCUUGAAAUUAUGAAAUUUGCGGUAGCACUUCCAUUAGAUUUAAGUGAGAAUGUUAUUUCUACAACAAUGAACAAUUCUUCAGGUGAAUCAUCACUAGUAUCAGCAUUUAUCUUUUCCGCAUCUUCAAUGAAUUUCAUAACAAGAAAGUGGAAAUCUAAUCAUGCAACACUUAAAGAUUUAUGCUUUCAAUUUGUAACAGAAUUUGAUCAAAGGAAGGAAGAACUCUUUUCUUCCUACUUCCAUUCUAAAAUGAAUCGAGUUUAUUUUCCAGAAAUUUCAUGUGAAGGAUAUAGUUCUGGUACUAUGUACAAGAAAAAAUUUGACAUUCAGUCCCGAGUUGAAGGGUUUGAAAUGGACGUUGGAAGCAAUAUUGUUAAACAUAUAAAUUGCCUUGGUGAGAUUUACGCUGCAAGCCGAGAACGAUUAGAAACAUUUGCAGCAGAGGCAAAUUUGAAUUCGGGAUCUGAACAAAAGUCAGUAAAUGUUGAUAGUAAUAACAAUUUACAAAAGGAUACAAAUGUGAUUGAUUUAGAAUUUGAGGUCGCAUUUACUGCCAAGAGUGGUACAAUAAAAUUAUAUCCGAAAAGUUAUUUUUACAGAAAUCAUAGUAGAAAACCUACUGGAAGCAAAGUAUCCGAUAAGUCAAGAUCAAUUAGGGAGUCUCGUGGCAGCACCGCUUCACUUCCAAGGUUAAAUAUAGAUUCCAUUAAUUUUGAUGAUGUAACAAAACAUGAACAUGGAAUAGAUACUAUUAUUAUACCCGGCCUCAGCAUAAAUACGUUAUACAGAACAUUCUUGAGUGAAAAUAUAAUUCAUUUUAACGAAAAUGGUUCUUUAACAAGGCGUUUACAUGUUGAGCUUGUAAUUCAUCCAAGUUCAAAUAUAUUGUUUCCAUCCUUGGUGCCAUUUUUCAAGGACAUUAUUGACGGUCUCAAAAUAGGAGUUCAGCAAUCUAGUGACAAAAGAGCUAUUGCAGUUAAAGAAAGUGCAUCACCGAUUCAGGGCAUAAAUAUAACAUUUCAUUUCCGACUUUUACAUACCAAUUUUGAGUUAAGUUGUAAACCUAUUUCCAAAGUCUUUUGCUGCUUUAAUUGGGAAGAAGGAAACUUUCUUAUAUCCUCAAACAGUGCAGAAGAAAGUAGCCAGAGUGUUACAUGUGUUGGUAAAAUAAGUGGUGCUUCAGGAAAUAUUCGACAUGCUUUCUCACCUGAAGACUGUGUAAAAGCUGAAAUAAAAGAUAUCUCCUUUAAUGCAACAAUGAUGAGCAGGCGAAGUGAGAGCGUUUCUGAUGAUUCUAUAUCAAUUAUAGCGGAACUUCCUCAAAUUACCGCAGAUUUAAACAUUCGUUAUUUGCAGGAUCUGCUAGUUCUCAAGAUCAUAUGGUUGGAUCAAGCUGCAAAAUUAUACGAAGGAAUUCCCCAACAUUCACAGCAUUUAUCUCAACGUGUUAGUGGUGAUGUAAUAAAUAUUAAAAGGCAGCAUUCACCUUCACCAUCUCAAGAAGAAGAACCAAAAGUCAAACCAUAUUCAUUUUAUGCUUUUGUAAAAUUGGAUAGACUGGAUUUAUCCAGUGAUCUAGGUCAAGCAAUCGGAAAGGUUCUGUUCAAUACUCAAAAUAUUCAAGUUCGUACAAAGAAUAUACCGGGAGUUCAAAAAAGACUUAUUGCGUCCACGGACGUCCUUUAUGUUAAAUGUGAAGGACGUCUUAUUGGAUCAGCAAGCAUUGCAGGACUUAGUUUUUCCACUAUACUUGGAGUGCCACCACACUCAGAAGAGGAUGGUCAAACUUGCGUAACAAAUUUGGUAUUUAAAUCAGAAAGAAUUCAAUCAACAUUUGAAUAUGAAUUUCAAAAAAUCAUAGUGCUAGAUGUUGAUCCGAUGCAAUUCAAGCUUACAGAUAGUUGGGAAAUAGUGUCGCCGGAAAAUGCUUCAGUAUUAGUACACGCAGACAUAUCACUACGACAAAUUCAAGCAAUUGCUACCAUAAAAACAAUACCUACAAUUCUUCACAUGGUGAACAAACUUUUAGCAUUAGUUGAAGAAAAACAAUCAUCUGCUGCUAGUGCAAUUUUAGAUUCUAAAUUUAAUAGUUCAAAUAGUUCAAAUACCGAUACUUUACCACAUGAUUCAGGUUCUGAUAAAUUAUCACGAAAAAAAACUGAUAUAAUAAUGACUUUCAAAGAGGUAUUAGUUAGAGGGGUAACAGUUCACCCUAUUGGGAAGAUUACGAUUACAAUGGAUAAAGCAUAUUUUACAAUAUAUCCAAAUAACUUUUAUGAUUUGGAUUGUAUGCAGACGAAAUUUGAUGGCCUUUUUUUGGAUAUGAAUAAGUCCAUUAAAGAUGAACAAGUUCAUCGAGAACUUAAUGUGCGUCUCAAUAGCAUUGCAUUAUUAAAAAGUUUGUGCAAAAAGCUCAAACUCAAGGAUGAUAAUGAACUUACGCUUCAGAAAUGGUUUGAACAUGUUGAGGCAGCAUCUUCGAAGAAUAUAUUUACUCUUCCUAAUACAAAUUUAAUUAUGGACACUACACAAAAGGUGGGAAGUAACACUGUUGAUCAUAAAUUUGAAGUACAUUUUGGAGGAAAAGUAGAUAUUGCGUUAAAUUUUGGAUUAAUCAGAUAUCUUCAAGAAUUGUCAGCUUUAUAUAAAGAAUUAAUGAGAAAGAAUAGCACAGAUGUUCCAAAAUCACCUAACACACCUGGUACGUCUACGUCAUCUAACACAGGAAAUCAGCCACAAUCUCCAGCAAUAACACAAUCAGCACCGACUACAGAAUUACCAGUGUCGGAUAACGAAGAUUUAAAAGAAGCUAAGAAG